GAUUCAAAAUAUCCUUACGGUUGUCGGUUGGUUUUCCCCACGCCCAACUCCACAUCCUACAUGUAUUGUCUCACGCGCCGUAACUCGUAACUCACAUAGCCAUAGCGCGUGCCAUUCCUAUUUCUACGUCGAUUUCAAUCCCGGUGCAGCCAUUCUGACUUCCAUCUAGUAUGCCGGGCAAAGAUAUCACUAGGGGAGGGAAAGGCGGAAAGGGCCUCGGCGGGAAGGGAGGGAUCAAGCGGCACCGUAAGAUACUUCGCGACAAUAUCCAGGGAAUUACCAAGCCCGCUAUCAGACGACUAGCCCGUAGAGGUGGUGUCAAGCGGAUAUCAGCACAGAUCUACGAUGAAGUGCGAGUGGCCUUGAAAGCGAGGCUCGAAGAGAUCAUACGGGAUUGCGUGAUAUACACUGAAUACCGUCAAAGGAAAACGGUCACCAUCAACGAUGUCUUACAUUCUUUGAAACGAAUAGGCCGGCCCAUAUACGGUUUCGACGAUGUAAGCAGCGGUCCACCCAAAAAGCGGUAAACUUCUGAAGAUUGGCUUUUGUAUCAGGGGCAUGUCCAAGUUAAGAUACAACAUAGUGGAAGGAACGAAUAAAAUUGACUUUUUUAACGGUCUGAUCGGGACUAUUGGCGUAUGGAUGGCUAUGGCUUGAGUUUAUUCCUGCUCUUUGAACGCAGCUAGUUGGAACAUUAGCUCUCAACUAAGAGGUUAUGGAAUGUGACAGUACACGGUUACUCGGAACAUAGAAUUCAAGUCUCAAAGAAAGUCUCUAACUAGAAGAAACG